AUGGGAAAUUCUCAGAGGAAGUUUAAAAGAGAAGCUACAGAUGAACCAGAAGAGGAGCUGGACCAGCGGAUAGUCUCAUUAGAUAUGCCAGGAUACGUGAUUCCACCGUUAAUUAGAGGAAUCAACUAUAAUUUGCAGAUGUACGAAGACCCGCCAAAAUCUAAGCCAGUAAGCAACGUAAUGGUCCCAAAUUUAAAAUUUUCAAAAUCCGUUUUCAUACUAAAGAAGGACACAGUGACAGUGGACCCAAUACCACCGAAGUUUCUGAUUUCCUUCGAGUAUGACGCGGAAGAGAAGUGCUGCCUGUGCCUUAAGUUCGGCCAAGUACACAAGGGAUUGAACAACGGAGUUCCAAGCUUCACAAAGCCGAUCUGUGAAACGAAAGAAACGGACCUGAAGGUCGGGAAGAACGUAAAGUUUGAAAUGGACUACGGGCUCAUCGCGGAAUUGAAACAAGUGACGCUGGAGUCGUGCUCAUUCACGACGGAGAGGAAGUUCGUGCCAAUCCUGAUGGUGGUGAGGUCGAAGGAAAGCGAGUUCAAGUACUACGUGAUGUGCGGACUGAAAAACGACUACGCAAACCAGUGGAACAUCUUCGUAACGAAGAGAAGAAUACAAGUGGGAGACUUGGGGUACCAGGUUCAGGAGGUCUACGGGCUGAACCAGUCGGAGUACAACAACGUGGCCGAGGACAAGGACGAGAGGAUAAAAAAGUGCUCAAUAUGCCUCGAUAAACCGUCUAACACAAUCCUGAUGCCGUGCAGGCACCUGUGCCUGUGUUCGGAGUGCUCAAUCAGCCUGUCAGUGCAGAUCGGCAGGUGCCCGAUGUGCAGAGCCUGCGUGACGCAAAUACUCCACAUAAACAGCGUAAAAACUAUACGUACAUGUUCACAAGUGGGAAAGCGAAGGAAGGCGCAGUGUGUAAGGCACGUAAAGUAA